CCCAGCAAGUACCCUAAACAGGAAUAGGGUUUUAGGAUUUAGGGUUUUAGGCCGCCAGGGAGGGAAGACGAUGCUGGUGCUCGUCGAGACGCCGGCGGGCUUCGCGCUCUUCAAGCUCCUGGACGAAGCGAAGCUCAACCAAGUGGAUGAUAUCUGGAAGGAAUUCGAGACGCCAGCGGCGGCCAGGCAGAUUGUCAAGCUCAAAUCUUUUCACAAGUUUGAGAACACUGCCGAAGCGCUCGGUGCCGCGACCGCCAUUGUCGAGAGCAAGCUUAGUAAGGGACUGAAGAAGUUUCUCAAAGCAGAAUGCCAAGGCCAGAUUUUGGCCAUUGCCGACUCCAAGCUAGGAAGGAUCAUCACCGAGAAGCUCGAAAUCAGCUGCAUCCACAGCAAUGGAGUGAUGGAACUGUUGAGGGGCGUGAGGUCCCAACUUGCAGAUCUUGUCGAAGGACUGUCAAACCAGGACUUGGCCUCGAUGAGUCUUGGGCUUUCUCACAGUUUGUGCAGAUACACUCUCAAGUUCAGUCCUGAUAAGGUUGAUACCAUGAUCGUUCAAGCUAUCGGUCUCUUGGAUGAUCUCGAUAAAGAGCUGAACACUUAUGCUAUGAGAGUUCGGGAGUGGUAUGGCUGGCAUUUUCCAGAGCUGGCAAAGAUAGUCACGGACAACAUUCAGUACGCGAAAUCCGUUAAGCUUAUGAAGAAACGGGUCAAUGCACCGGACCUCGAUUUCUCCGAGAUUUUGGAAGAAGAGAUCGAAGUUCAACUCAAGGAAGCUGUGCCAAUAUCCAUGGGGACAGAUAUAACUGAAGAAGACAUGGACACGAUCCAAGAGUUUUGUGAUCAGGUCAUCUCUUUGGCAGAAUACCGGACACAGCUCUAUGAUUACUUGCGCAGCAGGAUGAAGGCAAUCGCUCCUAACUUGACGGUGCUUGUGGGAGAGCUAGUUGGUGCUCGGUUGAUAGCUCAUGCUGGAAGCCUUAUAAACUUAUCCAAGCAGCCUUCAAGCACGGUACAAAUCCUUGGCGCAGAGAAGGCGCUCUUCAGGGCUUUAAAGACCAAGCAAAACACACCGAAGUACGGGUUGAUCUAUCAUGCCUCUUUGGUGGGACAAGCACCAGCUAAGUUCAAGGGGAAGAUCGCUCGGGUGUUAGCUGCAAAGACUGCACUAUCUAUUCGGUACGAUGCUCUUGGGGAGGGUCAGGACGCCAACAUCGGCAUUGAGAACCGCGCAAAGGUUGAAGCAAGAUUGCGACAAUUGGAAGGCAGGGCUCUCGGAAAAGCUAGCGGUGCAGCUAAAGGCAAAGCUAAGAUCGAGGCGUACGACAAAGACCGGAAGGGCGCUACUCCAGGCUUGCUCACUGCCGCUAAGGCGUACGAGACUCAAGCAGAUAUAACACUUGGCGGGGGCAAACGAGAAAAGAGAAAGAAAAAAGAUCAGGAAGAAGAAGCUCCAGCGACCGAGGAGCCUCCAAAGAAGAAGAAGAAGAGGACUCAAACCGCAGAGCAAGACGCUGGAGCUUCAGCCGAGCCGGAGACCCUGACUCCGAAGAAGAAGAAAUCGAAGAAGGAUAAAUCGGAAGAAGCUGGAGCAUCGACACCACUAGUAGAAGAAGUAGAAGCGCCGGCCAAGGAGAAAAAGAGCUCCAAGAAGGAGAAGAAAUCCAAGGGGAAAGCUCAAGAGGAAGAUCCAGCUCUGGAAGAAGAGCCCGAGAAAAAAAAGAAGAAGAAGAAAAAGAUGAUGAUCGAAGAAGUAGAAGCUCCAGCCCCGGACUCAAGGAAGAAGAAGCAACGUAAAGAGUAAAAACCUCAUUUUGGUGUAACUGUGAUUUUAACUGUGACAAGGCUUUAAACUUA